AUGGAGUCACUAUAUCUUCACAAGUGCCUGGGGACAUGCCUAACUCAAGGUCUCGCAGAAGUGGCAAGAGUUCGCCCAGUGGAUCCAAUCGAAUUUUUAGCCUUGUGGAUGUAUAAGUAUAAGGAAAAUGUGACCAUGGAAGAACAGAGACAGAAAGAAAUGAUCGAUUUGGAGCAUGAGAGAGAAUUAGCGAUGAUGGAGCAGGAAAUGCUGGAGCGACUCAAAGCAGAGGAACUCUUGUUUCAGCAGCAGCAGCUGGCAUUUCAGCUGGAGUUGGAAAUGCAGGAAAAAGAGAAACAGAAGACAGAACUCCAGGCUGUGGAAGAACAACUAAAUAAGGAGAUGAUGAGCAAUGAAAGCAGUGCUAGGGGUAAAGAGUCCAUGCAGUCAUUGGAAUCAACGAUGGACAACGCCAAAACCCUAGCAGAAAUCAGUGAUCGGUAUGGCGCACCUAACUUGAGCAGAGUGGAAGAGCUUGAUGAGCCAAUGCUAUCUGAUGUUGCAUUAAACAUUGAUCAAGAUCUAUAG